GUAAACGGAAGAUUUGGUCUAAAUUUCAGCUCCAAAUUUUGAUUGUUAUUUUUAUCGAUACACAUGGACAAAAUUAGCCUGACCGACUUGAGACUCGGAUCCUUCGGUCCCACACUGGACGAAAGCGUGUUUUACGGGAUAGAUUGUUUAUCCGGGUUAUUUUUCGGAAGCAAGCAUAAUAAUUUUUCCGAAGAAGAAUUCAAAUUGGCAGCGGUCGCGAGGAGCGAAAGUAAGAAAGCCGUUAGCGAUUUGAAUUUAUACAAACCAUGCCAUGAUGCGGACAUUAGCGGAUCUACCUCUGGCAGCUCUCCUGAAUCACAUGAGACCGUCGGUGCAUCUAAGGUUAUAAGUACUGUGGAGCUUGUGGAGUCAUUUGAAAAAGAUACCCUGAAUGAUUCGCCAAAAACGUCUAAUGAUUCGUUGAUGUUGCACAACACAGACGACGGUCCUAAUCCGUUUCAGGAAUGCAGAAGAUCAUCGGAACAAUCCCGAUUGGCAUACAUGGAAGUGGACCCGUGUUGCUUUACAGGGGAGAAUAUAAUUUCUGAAGCUGCCAAGGACAUGAUUAUGGAUUCAAAGAACUCCUCGAGGAGAUCGUCUAAGGAUAAAGAAAUGUCUAACAAGGAGCCGUCAUGCUAAUAAUAUUUACAAAAAAUCGUUUCAAUCGGUAGAAUUGAUAUGUAGUGUUACGAACCGUGUUCGAGAAAUACA